GGAUGAUGUUUAUAAAGCAAACCAAUGCAAGAUUUGUGUGGUUUCGAUAAAUCCAUGAUUUAUUAAACUAUGCCAAAACGUAAGAGUUAUUGUGAUGGACGCCGACGUAGCCGGAGUAUUGGUGGUUAUGCUACUAAUGGAUUCUCUGAACUUAUUGAUCCAUCUUUGCCUUCUGAUACACGACUACAAAAGUUACUUGAACACACAUUUGAACACUGUAUAUUGGUUGCUCAACGUGAAUUUUCUGUGAAGGACAACUAUGACUCAAAAGGAAUUGAAUGUUGGAAAAAAAUUAAAACAGAAAUAGAUAAUCGAGCAUUGUGUUCUGCAGCAGCAUCAGAAAAUACGAGUACGGAAGACUUCAAAACUGCAGAAGUGCUGAAAAGUUGUGACAAAGAAAUUAAGAGAUAUGAAGAAGAAUCAAGGAAAUGGAACUCACUAGUUGCAAGACUCAGAGAAGAACUUACUGAAGAAGUGGAGGCCACCCCAUCGAUUAUUGAAUCUGAUUUGGACAUCAAUGAGCCUCUCUUUGAUUAUUCAACUGUAACAAAAGAGCAAGCAUCUAUUCUCACAGAUAUUAAUUAUAAGAAACAUACUUCAGAGGAUAUUGUAGCUUAA